AUGUCACUAAAAACCAGCAAAGUGCCUCAGAAAUGGAAAUCCGCUAAUUUAUUACCACUCCCUAAAGAAUCACCAUUAAAUUCGUGCAACCAGUUAAGACCAAUCUCUCUGACGGACAUCAUCAUGAGACUAUUCGAGAAGUGCGUGUAUAAAUCUGAAAUCGAACCUAUCACAAGAAAUAACAUUGGUCCUGACCAAUUUGCUUAUAAAAAGGGUCACAACUCGACUAUGGCUCUGAUUAAAUCCCAACAUCAAUGGCUAGAGUGGCCGGAUAAAAACGCUAAUUAUGUUAGAGUGCUGUCGUUCGAUUUCAGCAAAGCAUUUGACAGUGUGCCCCACGAUCUUUUGUUUGAAAAAGUUAAAAAGCUACCCAUUAAUCCGUAUGUGGUGAACUGGUUAAUUAGCUUUCUAGAAAAUAGAAUACAAAGAGUAAUGGUUGAUGGAAUGGUUACAGAAUAUUUAUAUAUUAAUCGUGGUGUCCCUCAAGGAACUGUUUUAGGCCCAGUUCUUUUCUCAAUAAUGGUUGAUGAUAUUAAAACUGCUGAUCCUAGUAAUGCGUUAGUCAAAUUUGCUGACGAUUUGACCUUAGGAGUGCCCGGCAACGAAAGUGGUGACACAUCUCGAUCUGAAGCUGCCUGUUUACAGGAUUGGGCGGAAGAGAAUAGAAUGCCCUUAAACUUGGAAAAAACGUACGAAAUGGUUGUUCGCAGACACACCUCUGUAGUUUUGCCCGAGCUUAUCCCUUCAAUUAAGCGAAAAACAUGGCUAAAGCUUUUAGGAGUUACUCUACAAGAUAACCCGUGCAACUGGGAUUUGCACUUUGAAGAAAUGCUCAAAAAAGCAAGUGGACGAAUGUAUAUUAUGAGAGUUUGCAAAUACUAUGGACUAUCAAUUAAACAAUUAGAUCUGCUGUUUGAUAGCCUAAUUAUGUCGAUAUUCACUUUUGCUAUUGAGCUGUGGGGUUGUGCAUACGACGGUAAAUAUUUGAACCAAAUAGAUAAAUUCAUUAAACGUGCACAUAAGAAUGGUUAUAUAUCAAAACGAACACACAUUAAAGAAAUACGUGAUAAGAGAGAUAAGAAACUGUGGAACAAACUAACAUCAACUGAGGACAAUGCAUUGCUUGAACUGCUGCCGGAAAAAAGAAGUAGGUUACUUAGGCCUAGAGGGCAUGAGUAUGAACUCCCCCUAGUGAGAACAGAAAGAUUCAAAAGGUCGUUCAUAAAUCGUUGUCUGUAUAACUUUGUUUAG